CAAAGAAAUUUCUGUUUUUGAUUCUUUAUUUUUUCUUUUCGAAGAAGAAGAAGAAGCACGGAAAUGGAGAGCAGCCCGUGCGCCAUCUGCCACGGCGACAUGCGCCGCACCCGUAGCAGUGGCGGCUGCAGCGGCCAGGACGUCUUCACGGCGGAGUGCUCCCACCAGUUCCACUCCCGAUGCGUCUCCGGGUCCGGAAGAGUCGCGCGCGGCCGCUUCGUCUGCCCGCUCUGCAUCGCCCGGUGGCGCGAGCUGCCAUCGUUGCGCUCCACGAAGCCGUCGCCGCGGCCGCCACCGCCGUCGCCCGCGCUGGCCGCGCCGACCCAGCCGUUCUUCCGGCCCAUGGAGCCGCGUGUGUUCGACGACGACGACCCGGUGGACCGGACGCCUCGGCUUUACGGUGACCAGCGCCUCAGUGCAAGCGCGGAGGCAUCCAAUGGAGGAGCAGUAACGCUCACCACGCACUGCGAGUACCCGGCUCUGGCGAGGGACGCGUCCGCCGACGACUUCGUCGUGCUCGUGCACGCCAGGGCUCCCGGGGCCGGGGCUGGCGGCGCGGCGGCGCCGCGCGCGCCUCUGGACCUGGUGACCGUGCUCGACGUGAGCGGCAGCAUGGUGGGGACCAAGCUGGCGCUGCUGAAGCAGGCCAUGGUGUUCGUCAUCGACAACCUCGGGCCCCGUGACCGCCUCUGCGUCGUGUCCUUCUCCUCCGGCGCGAGCCGCUUGAUGCGGCUGGCGUGCAUGUCGGACGCCGGGAAGGCCCUGGCGAGGCGUGCCGUGGAGUCCCUCACGGCGGGCGGAGGCACCAACAUUGGGGAGGCCCUUCGAAAGGCUGCGAAGGUGCUCGACGAGCGCAUGCACAGGAACUCCGUCGCUAGCGUCGUGCUCCUUUCCGACGGGCAGGACACGUAUACCGUGGCAAGGCGCUACGGCCGCAACGCCAACUACGACGCGCUCGUGCCGCCUUCCUUUGCGUACACCGGCGCGGGAAGCCGGUCGGCGCCGGUCCACACGUUCGGCUUCGGCACGGACCACGAUGCCGCGGCUAUGCAUACCAUCGCCGAGGCCACGGGCGGCACGUUCUCGUUCAUCGAGGAUGAGGCGGCCAUCCAAGACGCGUUCGCGCAGUGCAUCGGGGGGCUCCUCUCCGUCGCCCUGCAGGAGCUUCGCGUUGACGUCACGUGCGUGCACCAAGGCGUGCGCGUCGGGGCGGUCAAGUCCGGCCGCUUCGAGAGCCACAUCGACGCGGACGGCCGCGCCGCCUCUGUCGACGUCGGCGAACUCUACGCGGACGAGGAGAGGCGCUUCUUGGUGUUGGUGCACGUGCCAAGAGCCCGCGCCACGGAAGAUGCCACACACCUGAUUGAAGUGAGCUGCGCUUACCGUGACACGGCGACUGGACGGGCCAAGAACGUGGGCGGCGAGGACGCGGUCGUGCUGAGGCCCGCGCGCGCGGCGACCGCGGAGCGCUCCAUGGAGGUCGAGCGCGAGCGCGUCCGGGUGGAGGCGAUGGAGGGCAUCGCGGCGGCCCGGGCGGCGGCGGAGCGGGGCGCGCACGCGGAGGCAGCGGAGAUACUCCGGAGCCGGCACCGGUCGGUGGCGCGGUCCGCCGCGGCCCGGGCGGGCGACUCCAUGUGCGCCGCGCUGUCACGCGAGCUGCAGGAGAUGCGCGCUCGCGUGUCGGACAGUCGGCGGUACGAGCUAUCCGGGCGCGCGUACGUGCUCUCCGGGCUGAGCUCGCACGCGCAGCAGCGCGCCACGUCGCGGCAGAUGAUGUCCGGCGAGGCGACGCGGGGCGCCGAAUCGGCUGGUGACGUCAGCGUGGCGAUGGCUACGGCGGGCGGCACUACCUCGUACAUGACGCCGGCGAUGCUGGACAUGCUGGACCGGUCGCGGAGGUCGCGGGAGCUGCUGCAGCAACGCCAACAUCAGACAAGGGACCGGAGAAGAACCUUUUGAGUUACAAGGGAGUUUUUUUAAUUUGGUACAACCUUUUUUUUUUUUUUUGCAAAGAAAGCAUUUCGACCCGAACUUGGGUGGUAAAGGAAGGAUUU